UAUCUAACAACAGUCCUCAUUCUGAGUUUGCUGCUCAGUUGAGGGGAGUGGGGAACCCCCUGAGUGAUGAAGGCGUAACGAUGAGAUUGAGAAGCCUAUCGUCAAGAUGUGGAGAGCCUAGUGGCAGGGGUAAUGCCGGAAUAAAGAUCUACGAAGAAGGCAUUUAUCAUGAGCCCACAGAGUUACUUGAACCACAGAAGAAAGCACACGCCUGGGGUAUCUAUGUCCCUACUGAGGAACAGAGGGCAUCAAUCUACUAUUCCUGCCCAACACCCACUAAUGAUGAGAACUUGUACUCAGAACUAGUCAAACAGAGCUCCAAGUCCCUACAGGAUCAUGUGUAUGAUGACCAUAUCAGCACCACUAGUAGCACAGUCAGUAGCAGUGGGAGUGGAGCUCCAGCCUUCUUCCACGAGGAGCCUACCUACUGGACACCUGCUGACAGUACCCAGGCCCUCUACAAACAGCUCAGCACUAGGAAAUACAGAGAGCUCUCCAGGAAACACGUCAGUCUUCGUCAGCAUUUGGGAUCAGGUCAGUUUGGGACGGUGGUCCAGGGGGUGUGGAGCUCCCCGAGAGGACCGGUGGAUGUGGCAGUCAAGACUCUCAAACCAGGCAGCACUGAGAGCGACAAGAUCAGGUUCCUGCAAGAGGCCGCCAUCAACGGACAAUUUAGACAUCCCAACGUUGUAAAGCUAAUUGGUGUGGUCACCAUUGAUCAACCAGUGAUGAUAGUGUUGGAGUUGAUGAGCAAUGGAGAUCUUAGGAACCAUCUGGUCAAGCUGAGAACAAAAGGUUCGUCAUUGCUACAGCGGGAUGAUCUGUCCCGGCGGUUGCUCAAGUUCUGUCAAGACGUGGCUGCAGGGAUGAGCUACCUGGCUGACAAGUCAUUUGUGCACAGAGACCUGGCUGCCAGGAACAUUCUCAUGUCACAUGACCUCACCUGCAAGAUCAGUGAUUUUGGCAUGUCUCGCGGACUGGAAGAGGAGACGUACUACAUGUCUAAAGGAGGCAAGAUCCCCAUCAAGUGGACUGCCCCUGAGGCAAUCCACUACAAGAAGUACUCGACAGCCAGUGACGUGUGGAGCUAUGGAAUGGUCAUGUAUGAGAUAUGGAGCCUUGGACAGAAACCCUUCUCUGACUUCACUAAUGCUCAGGUAUUACUAGACGGUGAGUCUACUGGAGAGGUCAUUCUGUCUCCCUCCUCCUCCCGGUACACCUCAUGAGAUCUACUCUCUCAUGGUCCAGUGCUGGCACCCCGACAAGUCAUGUCGUCCAUCGUUCCCGUCUCUCUCCUGCCACCUCGGUCUCCCUGUCUCCCAACUACUCCACUGGAGUACAGAGGAGGUCACAGGGGUGGGGCCUCAGGCAAUCAUGCUAGGGGCUCCCCUCAAGACUGCCCACAAGCUUCACAUGACUCUGCAGAACACUUACUGCACACAGCCAUAGUCAGACUCUAUAGUUGAACAUGGUGUCUGUGUGGCUUUUCCAUGAUAAGUUAGUGAAAC